CUGUAAACAAGACAUUUCAAGAGAAUACGUCAAUGACUAAAAAACGACGGUUUGGUAUAGACAGAUCGUUACAGCGUAAUAUUCAUAUUUUAGAUAUAGAAAACCAUGAUUUGGCCAGUUCAAAUAGUAGACCGAUGUCACCACUUGAUAAACCUGACGACCCGCCCCUGCCGUGUAAUCAAAUCGAGUAUUUAUGUGACUCCGGGAACACGAGUUCUAUAUCCAGUAAUAUCCCUUGUUCGCCUGGUGUUUUGGACUGUUCCGUGAUAAGGAAUAUAGAGAAAUGGGAGUCUUUUGUUAGUAGAGAUUUAAAUACUGUUUUAAAUGAAGUUUCAUCAACUGUAUGUAGAGAAUUUAAUGAAAUAGAGAGUAUAUCAGAUGACAUUUUCUACUCGAAGUUGAACCAGGAAUGUAGUCAAAUAAAUUGUGGUAACAAUGCUUUAUUGACUUCAGAAUGUGAAAAAACUUUUAAAGAAAAAGUUGAACACACUUUUGAAGUAGUAAAUCAAUCUAUAUGUGGUUUAGAAAGUAAAGAAAAUCAGGCCAGAAGUAGUUUAUUUGAGACCAAAGAUUCUUUUCUGCUAGACAUCAAAGAAAGCAGUAUUGUAUUAGAAGAAAAAGAUAAUCAACCAAAGACAAGUAACCUUAAAAUUGUGGAAAGUAAAUUAUGUGAUAACAAGAGCUUUUAUGGAUUACCUAUUAUAACAAAAAGUUUAUUUAAAACUUAUAGGAAUAUAGAAAAGUUUUAUGAUUGGCAAGAAGAGUGCUUAAAUCUAGAUGCAAUCAGAAAUCGGCAUAACCUUAUCUAUGCGUUACCAACUAGUGGCGGGAAGACACUUGUAGCCGAGGUGCUUAUGCUCCGAGAAGUGCUAAAUAGGAAACAGAAUGCACUAUUUAUACUGCCUUUUGUUGCCAUUGUACAGGAGAAGAUCUGGUCCCUAUCUCCAUUCGCCGUUCAACUAGAGUUCCUAGUUGAAGAAUAUGCCGGAGGCAAAGGUCAUAUUCCGCCUAAAAAGCGACGCAAGAAAAACAGCAUUUACAUAGCUACUAUAGAAAAAGGAUUGGCGUUAGUUCGAAGCUUGAUUGAAUUUAAUCGACUGGAUGAAAUUGGCCUUAUUGUGGUGGAUGAACUACAUCUGAUAGGAGAACCGGGUAGAGGAGGUACUCUAGAAACUCUCUUAUCAACUGUUAUUUUUGCUACCAAGGCUAUCCAAAUCGUGGGUAUGAGCGCGACAAUCGGCAACCUACCCGAACUGGCUCGCUUUCUCAAGGCGGAAGUGUACCAGCAAGACUUUAGACCAGUGCAACUGAAGGAGUACGUCAAGUUAGGCGAUGUACUGCACAAGAUCCUGUGGAGUAGUGAGGGAAUGGAAAUUGUACCUGAUAGACAACUGGCAUUUAAUUACUCUGCGGCGGGCGCGAGGUUGGACCCCGACUGGCUGGGGGGCUUGGUAGCUGAAGUAGUCCCAAAGGGCUCCUGCCUCGUUUUUUGCCCAACUAAGCGGAACUGUGAAAACGUGGCUUCGCUGCUCUGCAAGCUGCAACGACGUGAAAUGGCGACUCACCGCUGUGUGGAUCGCGAGGCACUGGAGACAGCGCUACGGGCGGACGGUGCUAGUGGCGAUCUCGCUAGAGCCGUGAGGUUCGGCGUCGCGUACCAUCACGCAGGGCUGUCUAGCGACGAGCGGACGCUGUUGGAGCAUGCCUUUAGGUCGGGAGUGAUAUCCGUGCUGUGCUGCACGUCGACACUGGCGGCAGGUGUGAACUUGCCCGCUCAGAGGGUGAUCAUUCGUGCACCGCUGGUGGGCCGCGACUUCGUCACGCUGAGCGCGUAUCGGCAGAUGGUCGGCCGCGCCGGUCGCGCAGGCGUCUGCGACAUUGGCGAGAGCAUAAUCAUAAGCAGCUCGAGUGACUGGCCGCGGCUGUGCUCCGUUCUGGGCGGCGGACUGGCCCCCGCUAGGAGCGUCCUGGCACAGCAUACAUCUCUCAGCGGGCUCUCCCGCUCUACGGCUCUCGACGGACUCGUGUUGAGCGCCAUAGCUCUCAAGAUGGCCAAUACGAGACCCUUAGUUCGAGAGCUCUUGGAGUGCACUCUCAUGGCCACUGUCUGCAGUGACAACUCCCCAAUCGACGUGAAGCAACUCUGCGAUGAGUCCAUCAGUUCGCUAAUCAAAGGCGGCGCGGUGGAAGUUAUCAACAGAGAUUCUCACAAACCUGUUGUUUCUAAUAGAGAUUACGUCGUAUAUAAUACUAGCGAACUCGCUGUUAGUACAUUGGGAAAAGCUGCUAUCAAAGGCUGUAUGGAGUUGUCAAUCGCGAAGCAACUGCUCAAAGACCUGGAAGUGGCGUCUCAGUCGCUCGUACUUAUGGGCAGCCUUCAUUUGCUGUAUUUGGUCACUCCACAUGACUAUGCUGGGAUCCGACCGGAUUAUAGACAUUAUUACUCGUUGUACUGCAAUCUGGACGAAGAAGAAGUACAAACAGCCAAAAUUCUGGGCAUAACUGAAAUGAACGCCAUUCGCAUGAUGACUGGAAAGCCUAUCACGAAUGUUCCCGAAAAAGUACUUUGUCGUUUCUACUUGGCUUUAAUGCUGCAUGACCUGUGGAAGCAAGUUCCUUUCCCGGCUGUGGCAGACAAGUACUGUAUACCCCGCGGUACCGUGCAAUCAGUGAUGUCGUCAUCGGCAUCGUUCGCGUCGUGCGCGCACAGAAUGUGUGAAGAGCUGGAACAGCUGUGGAGCUUCAAAGCGCUCUUCGCGGAGUUGGCCCCGCGACUGCAGCACUGUGCUGCGCCCGAGUUGAGCCAGCUCAUGGAGCUGCCCGCUGUUAAAAAGGCGCGCGCAUUGCAACUCUUGCGAGCGGGAUACAAGAGGAUAGAAGACCUGGCGAAAGCAAAUGUUGAAGAUCUUACGUCUGCCAUAAUGCACUUGUCCAGGACAGCCGCCAAUCACCUCAUCAGUGCAGCUAGAAUGAUGCUGAUAGAAAAAGUGGAAAAUUUACGAGCCGAAGCAGAGGAUGUCAUGGAAGAACUAAACGCAUAAAAUUGAGACUGACGUGAUACAAGUUGUCAUACUUUUGCAAUCCUUAUUAUGGCCUCUUAAAGCACAUAAUUUGUAAAAAAAAGUUACGUCUGUACUGUGAUAGACAUCGAGUAUAUAUACCGUGGUGAUAGAUUACAAGUAGAUAAAUUUAAAAAUAAUUGGCUAUGAAGUAGAGUUAUAUUAUAUGUUAUCAAAUAUCUAUACGUCGGAAAAUAACCGAUUAUAUGAUUAUGAUGAUGAAAUUGCUGGAAGCUACUAGAUGGAACAUGCCCAAACCC